AUGGGAGUCAAUAGUGAUAUUAUGAACACUGGGUAUUUUAUUUCACCUUCAAAUAUGCCAACUAAUGUAAAAAUUGAUUUUGUCAACAACCAUCCAAUACAACCUACGGGUCCUUUAAUAUUUUUUGAUCCAUCUAAGACAUAUUAUAGGUCCAUAGAAAAUAAAGACAAUAGAGAAGUCAUUCAGCGUAAAUGGUUAAGUUAUAAUGUAUCUAAUAAUAAUAUGUAUUGUUCUAUAUGUAUGGCUUUUGCUACCAAUCGAUCAGUAAACUGGGUGACUGGGAUUCCAGUUAAUAAAAAAAUUGCUGAUGAAGUUAUCAACGCGAAAAUAUUUUCAUUAGAAAUUGAUUCCACCCAAGACGUGUCGGUCAUGGAUCAAUUAUCAUUAUGUAUUCGGUAUGUAUAUAAAGGUGAGGUCCAGGAACGUUUUUUAAACAUGCUUGAGGUAAAAUCUUCAACAGGAGAAGAACAAUAUAAGUUGGUAAAAAAAAGUUUAGAAAGUCUAUCUAUUGAUCUGAAAAACCUAAUAAGUGAAUCUUUCGACGGUGCAGCAAAUAUGAGUGGGCAGUACUCUGGAUUGCAGGCUCAUUUGAAAAAAGAUUCUCCGAAGUCGAUUUUUACACAUUGUCAUGCGCAUGUAUUGAAUCUUAUAAUAGGAGAUAUAACAAACUGUUGUAUUCCUGCUCAAAAUGUAUUUGAAUAUUGUCAACAAACUGCAGUAUGGAAUAGCAAAGAUAUUGCUUUGCAAGCAAUAUUUCAUUCAGUUACGGAGGAAAAUAAUAAGAGGGACAGAUAUUUAUGUUUGUUAGAACUACUUCACACUAUUGGAUUUGAUGGAAUUGCAGAUGGUGGAACAGCCGCUGAAGCAAGAAAUUUGUUAGAAAAAUGGACAAGUUUUGAAAUCAUACUUACAGCUUUUACAUACAUUCACAUUUUUAGUAAAGCUACUCCUGUUUCCAAGUACUUACAAACUAAAUGCUUGGACUAUCUAGCUGCAUGGAACCAAAUUGUUUCAUUUGGAAAUGAAAUAAAAAAUAUGAGUAAUGAAUUCGACAAAAUUUAUGAACAAGCUAAAAAUUUCACUGAAAUAAUGGAAAUAAAAACGGAAAAAUUUGCAACUUCUUAUGAUAUGGUAUCAAAAUCACUUGAAGGUGAAAUCAAAUUUGACGAUUCAGAAGAAUCUGAAGUGACUGAUGAAGAUGACAAUUUAUAUAAAAAUCAAACAAUGACUGAUAUUCCUAAAUAUUCACCAAAACCAAAUGAAUAUAAAAAUUCAACUUGUAGUAAAUGUAUGCCAUGCGUCAUGAAAUUAUUUUACAAGUAUAACUUCCAUACAGCUGCAUUUACUAAUCUGUUCUUGGCAUAUAAAUUUAUAUUAACUCUUUCAUGCACACAAGUACAUUGUGAAAGAUCAUUUUCAAAAUUAAAAAUAAUCAAAACAAGAUUAAGAUCAUCAAUAAGUCAAGAACUAUUAGAACCUCUAUUACUUAUUAGCAUUGAAAGUGAUAAAGUUUCUGAUUUAGAAGAAAUAAUAAGUUGUUAUGCACAUUCAUCGACAGAAUUAAAAAAAUUGCUUGUAUAUUAA